AUGGUUUCUCGCUGGGCCGAUGAUGAAGAUGAUGCCGCUCUAGAAGCACAACGCAAGCAAGAGAAGGAACAAAAGAAACGCGCAAAGGCCGAGAAACAACGCAAGCAACAAGAAGCCGACCAAUUACGACAACAACAGCAACAACAAGCCGAGCCAGACGACAGACCAUCCAAGAGAAGACGACUGUCACCAACACAAGACAAGGACCAACCUCGUCAAUUUGUUCGCUUCCAAGCCCCGUCAUGGCAACCUGCUCGCACAAUCGACAGCUUCGAACGACUGAACCACAUUGAAGAAGGCAGCUAUGGCUUUGUGUCGCGAGCAAGAGAAUUGGCUACUGGAGAGAUUGUCGCAAUCAAGAAGAUGAAGAUGGAGCCAGGUGCUGCCCAAAAUGGUUUCCCCGUCACAGCUCUACGCGAAAUCCAAACACUGUCUGCUGCCAAGCACCGGCAUAUUGUUGAUCUGCGCGAAGUCGUUGUUGGCGAGAAGGGCAACGUCGACGACAUCUUUCUGGUUAUGGACUUCUUGGAACAUGAUCUUAAGACGCUCAUGGAUGACAUGGAGGAACCAUUUCUGCCGAGUGAGGUCAAGACGUUGAUGUUACAACUCGGCAGUGCCAUCGAAUUCUUGCACGACAGAUGGAUCCUACAUCGCGAUCUGAAAACUUCAAAUAUCCUCAUGAAUAACCGGGGAGAAAUCAAGAUUGCCGACUUUGGUAUGGCCCGCUUCUGCGGCGACCCACCACCAAAGAACCUCACCCAACUCGUCGUCACUCUAUGGUACCGAGCUCCGGAGUUACUGCUGGGUUCCACGACAUAUGACAGCAGUAUUGAUAUGUGGAGCGUUGGUUGUAUCUUCGGUGAACUACUCACCAACGUACCACUGCUACAAGGCAAAAACGAAGUAGACGAGCUCAGCAAGAUCUUCGAGCUUUGCGGAGUGCCCACCGAUGCUUCAUGGCCUGGUUUCAAGCGUCUACCCAAUGCCCGCUCAUUGAGAUUGCCCCGUAAUGCACAAACCACUGGUUCAGUGAUACGCUCAAAAUUCCCAUUCCUGACAAAAGCAGGAACCGAUCUGCUGUCUGCCUUGCUAUCUCUGAAUCCAGCAAACAGACCGUCAGCAAAGGAGCUCUUGGAACACAGUUACUUCACCGAAGACCCGCGGCCAAAGAGCACAGCCAUGUUUCCUACCUUCCCCAGUAAGGCCGGUCAGGAGAGAAGACGGAAGAACAGAACACCCAAUGCGCCUGUUCGUGGCGAAGGCGGCGCUGCUGCAUCGGACUUUAGUGGGCUGUUUGCAGGACGUGAUGAUGAAGAGAUUGGUGGUGGCUUCCAGCUGAAAUUAGUAUAG